AUGAAGACGCAUGCACAUGUUAAAGGGAGAGGGCAGGGGAGAGUCACUGUGCAGCAGGUGGUUUUUGAGCUCAAGCACAAGGUGGUUAUUGCGCUGAAUAAGCUUGCUGAUCGGGAUACUUAUCAGAUAGGUGUCGAGGAGCUUGAGAAAAUUGCAGAGUGUUUGAAUCCGGAUGGGAUUGCUCCGUUUCUGUCGUGUAUUUUGGAUACUGAUUCGGAGCAGAAAAGUGCUGUUCGGAAGGAAUGUAUUAGGUUGAUGGGUACGUUAGUGAGAUAUCAUGAGGGGCAUGUUGGAUCGCAUCUUGGUAAGAUGGUUGCUAGUAUUGUUAAGCGACUAAAGGAUCCAGACUCUGUUGUGAGAGAUGCAUGUGUGGAGACCGUUGGUGUUCUGGCAUUAAAAUUGAGCAAUGGUAGAGGUGAGGGUGAUGGGGUCUUUGUUGCCUUAGUAAGGCCGCUUUUUGAAGCUCUGGGUGAACAAAACAGGCAGGUUCAGUCAGGUUCAGCAUUGUGCCUUGCAAGGAUCAUUGACAAUACUCAUGAUCCCCCCGUUUCAAUUCUGCAGCCAAUGUUGAAUCGAACAAUAAAGUUGCUCAAGAAUCCACAUUUUAUGGCUAAGCCAGCUGUUAUUGAGCUGAACAGAAGCAUUAUCCAGGCAGGGGGUGCCCCAACACAAAACAUGCUCUCUGGUGCAAUGGCAAGUAUUCAAGAAUCUCUGAAGAAUAAUGAUUGGGCAACACGCAAAGCUGCGUGCAUAGCUUUAGGGGAAAUAGCUUCAAGUGGUGGAUCUUUCUUGGGGUCUUUUAAGGCUUCCUGUAUUCGCUCCCUUGAAUCGUGUCGCUUUGACAAGGUGAAACCAGUUAGGGAUACCGUCCUACAGGCACUGCAGUGCUGGAAAAGUCUUCCAGGACCUGACACUCCUGAACCUUCAGAAGCUGGAUCUUCUAUUAAAGAAAAUUUCUUUGGUGGCGAUUACAGUGAUAUCACAAGUGCCAGUGAAUCUGGAAGGAAGGAUCGGUCAGUCAGGAAAGCUGUUGUUGGUGCAACUAAGGGCAGGAUUCCUUUGUCUGGCAGAAAAACACGUCCAACUUAUGUGGAAAAUCAUCAGCGUUCCAGUGAAGAUGAUUGGCAUAUUGAAAUUGCUGUUCCUAAAGCACACAAUGCCUGUUUGCCAGAAUAUCAGAAUGAAGAAUCUGAGGGUAGCACUGUUACAAAGACAUUAGAAAGGAUGAGCACUGAAGUUACAAGCACACAGGAUAUGGGAUAUGAAUAUGUUCAUAUGGAUGAAAAACAAGAAUGUUCUUCUCGGUCCAAUAUUGUCACUGAUGACAUCGAGACCAAGUUUGUGACAGUUUCUUGUAACAGUCUUGAGGAGAGUAGUUUACAGAAGCCAGUGGGAAAAAAUCAGCGGUUUGCAGUUGAAGAAAUUAGUAGGGAGAAAAUGUACUCGGAAAGGGAUCGUAGAAGUCUCGAUUCAACUGUGACAGAAUCUGAUUCUCAUACUCCACAUGGAUGUUGUUCACAAAUGGCAAAUGAAGUGUCCUGCAUUAGAAAACAACUCUCAGAGAUCGAAAAUAAGCAGUCAAACUUAAUGGAUCUCUUACAGGCAUUUACAUCUGGUGUAAUGGGUAGCUUGUCCAUGUUACAAACAAGGGUGGUAGGACUAGAACAUGUUGUAGAUAGAUUAUCUCAGAACCUAGUACAUAGGGAGGAACAUUCCAAUUUAACAACCUCCAAACUCAUGAAGCAAAGCCAAAGUGUGCAGUCUCCAAGACUCUCUACAUGCACUCCUAGGCCAUCCAUAGAAUUGCGCAACAGGCAGCCUUCACUGUUGUCUGUGAAACAUUCUGAUAGUUGGGAGGAAAACACAUUUGUGAGGAGCCAAGCAAACAAUCCUGCAAGACAAGGUACAGAGAUAUGGAGCAAUACUAAGGUGAAGCUUUCCAGGAAUCCUGCUGGAAAAGAUAUUCGGAAAAGUUCUGGGCAGGGAACACAGAGGACAAGUCAAACAAGGACUGAUGCUAUGUUUACCUCAGCUUCUAGUGCCAAAGUUCGGCAAAACGUUUUAGAAAGCAAGAAUAACCUCUGGAAACAGGUCAAGGGUUUUCUCUGUGAAGGGGACAUAGAUUCUGCAUAUGUUGAAGCCCUUUGUUCUGGUGAUGAAAUUGUUCUGAUUGAACUUCUUGAUAGAACCGGUCCAGUUCUAGACUGCUUGUCGCCUAAAACUGCCAGCGAUGUCCUCGGCACUUUAGCAUCAUAUCUCACAGAGCAAAGGUUUAUCAACACAAUAAUCCCUUGGUUGCAGCAGAUUGCUGAUUUGAGCACCACUCAUGGACCAAAUUACUUUGGGCUGUCUGCAAAAGCAAGGCAAGAAUUCUUAUCUUCCGUUCAGGAAGCCGUAAAUAUGGAAUUUGCCAAUUCUUUGGAGAGAAGAUCUGUCACUCAGUUAGCUAUGAAGUUCCAGCAUAUCUGGGGUUAG